CCAAGCUUAGCUCCAGCCUCUAGCCAUCACUCAGCUCAAGACACAAUCAGCCAAUCGGCGGCACCAAGAACACACAGACCUUCAGCGUCUCGGCGUCAAUGGAGGAGAGCCGGCAGUUCAUGAUCCGGUUCGACGGCCACUUCGAGGAGGACCCGAGCUCCGCGGCCGCCGAGCCACCGCUGCCGUUCGCCGGCAGGGUUUUCUCGCCAGAGCAGGAGCAGAGCGUCACGGUCGCCGCGCUGCUGCACGUCAUCUCCGGGUACACCACGCCGGCGCCGGAGUUCUUCUUCCCGGCGAGCAAGCAGGCGUGCACGGCGUGCGGGAUGGACGGGUGCCUCGGGUGCGAGUUCUUCGGCGCGGUGGCCACCGGCGCGAUCGCGGCAUCGGACGCGCCGAGAGCGGCGACCGCUCGCGGGCCGCAGAGGAGGCGGAGGAACAAGAAGAACCAGUACCGCGGCGUCAGGCAGCGGCCCUGGGGCAAGUGGGCGGCGGAGAUCCGCGACCCGCGCCGCGCCGUGCGGGUGUGGCUCGGGACCUUCGACACGGCCGAGGACGCCGCCAGGGCCUACGACCGCGCCGCCGUCGAGUUCCGCGGCCCGCGCGCCAAGCUCAACUUCUCCUUCCCGGAGCAGCAGCAGCAGCUAGGCGGCAGCGGCAAUGCCGCCCCGGCCAAGUCAGACGCGUGCUCGCCGUCGCCUUCGCCACGCAGCGCGGAUGAGGAGGAAACAGGGGAUCUGCUCUGGGACGGCUUGGUGGACUUGACGAAGCUGGACGAGAGCGACCUCUGCUUACAGCUCCCGAUCGACAACACCUUGGACAGAGACGAUUGGGUGCCUAUUUGUAGUGCUAGACAAAUGUUAGCUUGCAGUUAGACUAGUGUCAGUGUGCAGCAGCACAAUCAACAGACAUGAAGGCUCCUAGAUCCUGGUUAGCACGCGUCCUAGCUUCGGUUAUAAAUAGCGACCCGAUCAAUGGAAAAAAAUGUGUUUAACCAUAGCCAAAGAGACCAGUGGCGGAGCUUGAAGCAAAACAUUGGGCGGGCGGAGCUAUAGAAAUUACCCUUGCGUUGA